AUGUUGAAGGCGUUUUCCAUGAGAUUGGGGGAGGUUUCUGUUACGAGAGCGGAGCUGGAAGGAGUAGUGAAGGGAUUACAGAUUGCGUGGAAUGAGGGAAUGAGGAGGAUAGUAGUACAAACGGACUCGCAAACUGCCAUCAAGCUCGUUAAGGAGGCUAGUAACCGGCAUCCCCAUUUCAUCUUGGUGCAGGAGGCUCGCCGGCUACUGGCUAUGGAUUGGCAGGUUGAGCUGCGUCAUGUUUACAGGGAAGGUAAUUUCGUCGCUGAUUACCUGGCUUCGGCCGGGCACAGGAUCCAGCAGGGGGUGUACCUCUAUGAUGAGCCGGAUUCGUUACUAAAUUACUGGCUGUUUUAUGAUUUGGUUGGGAUUGAAACUUCCCGGAUGAUUGUUAGUUAG